GGGAUUGCUACCGCCAUUAUCGUUGACGUCACUGUUAGUGGUUGGCUGAAUUGACGUGGCAGGCAUAUUACUUGUUCUCACAUGUGAAGCAGUUCAACAUUUUGGAAGAGAGGUUGAUAAACGUAUACAUCAAGUCCCAUUUAUAUUUAUUUUGCUGAACUGAGUACAUUUUAUCAGCAUGGGUCUGUCAAUAUCAUCAGUCUUUCAGAGACUCUUCGGGAAAAAACAGAUGAGAAUCUUGAUGGUUGGUCUUGACGCUGCUGGUAAAACAACAAUUCUCUACAAAUUGAAGCUGGGUGAGAUAGUCACAACUAUCCCAACAAUUGGUUUUAAUGUGGAAACAGUAGAAUACAAGAACAUCAGCUUCACGGUGUGGGAUGUCGGUGGCCAGGACAAGAUCCGACCAUUGUGGAGGCAUUACUUCCAGAACACUCAGGGUUUGAUCUUUGUAGUAGACAGUAAUGAUAGUGAACGUUUAUCAGAAGCUAAAGAUGAACUGUCUAAAAUGUUACAAGAAGAUGAACUGAAGGAGUCUGUAGUCCUUGUAUUUGCCAACAAACAGGAUCUACCCAAUGCCAAGUCCUGCUCUGAACUCACGGACGCGCUAGAACUGAAUUCAUUACGCAGAGAAUGGUUCGUGCAAGGUACAUGUGCCACACAGGGUACAGGUCUGUACGAGGGUCUCGACUGGCUAUCGAACAAGUUGCAGAGCAAGUGAUUGUGAUGUGGCUGAAGAAACAAUCAUCAUUUGUCUUCUGUAUGUGCUGCAGCUGUAACCACAAGGACUUCAACAGACGACACCCAUCCAAAUAUCACAUACCAAAGCCUCCAGCAUAUAGGAGGAGGAGAAGCUCGUGUAUCAAAUCCUCAUAUAGCCGACUGAAGCCAGUCAUCUGUAGCUGGUAGUCUGCAGCACAUGCUGAAUUCAUUGUGGGAAUUGUGAGUGAAAGUCGUCUGUAUCGUAUGGCAGUUUGCCUGGUAAUCAUAUUAGCACUGGGCCAGACAUACAGACUUUUGGGUGGGGUGGGAGGGGUGGAUAUAUAUAUAUAUUUUUUCUUGUACAUUGUCAUUCCUAUAUUGGCUCACCCUGUAUAUUUAUGUUUUUGUGUAUUCUUCAUCAUUCACGGUUAUUGUAACUCUGGUUUUAUUGUUUAUGGGCUCUGGCCUCAUCACCUGUUCAUCAUGUCCAGAACAGCAAGAUGGCUAUCGUCAGUACUUCAGCUUUGUGUACACAAGAUCAUCCAUCACCCAUGGAUACAUGUUUAACUGUGAGUGGUAAUAGUUACAAAUAUAUAUUUCAGUUAACUGAUAUAAUUGUUUAUAACUAUUGGAAGUCAAAUUACCUCCCCUUUCUGUGAAGAAUACCUGGCAUUCCCACUAUUAAAGCAGUGUGUUAAGAAUACAAACAGCACUGCAUUAUAACCUAAUGUAUUCACAACUGAUAGAGGAGCGUAGUGUAUACGAGACAGUUAAGUAUUGACAAUACUUGGUAACUGUCAUUUGCGUUUUGUUUGAGUUUUAUGCACGCAGGUGUUUCAAGAAUGGCAUGGCACCUUCAUAUAUACGGUUCUAAAUGGUGAUGGGAUGUGAAUGGUGGCAUUUAACACUUUCAGCCCUUGCUCUUCAUAAAUAACACUUGCUUGUUAUAGUGAAUGUACAGGUUAUCAUUUUAUGUGAAUGCAUGUUUUGUGUAAAGGUCAUUUGGUUGGAAAUUAACGACUUGGUAUAUGAACGGAAAACAUGUAUAUUCAGAAGCAGAAGAUAUGGGAAAUGAUUCUGGUUUGUUGUUGCUUAUUAGUUUAAUUAUGGCUGAAGAAAAUCAUGCAAAAAUCCUGAUACACACAGACUUGUAUGCAGAUAAUUUCUUAAUUUGUUUUAAUUUUUACUCUGUUCAUGGUAUGUUCAUCAGUGGAGGUUAGAAUGCCACGGGUGAAAAUGAAAGUUCCUUAUGGCUUCAUUAAGAUGUAGAAAAGCAAAUAGCAAUAUGACUAACCCGUGUGUUUCUUUCAAUUGAACAAAAGGUCUCUAUUUCAUCUCAAAGAAUCUUUUACAAGUUAACCUGUGUGGGGUAUCUUGAAGUGAUUUCUUUUUUCAGAUGGUUGACCUUGAGUUUGUUAUGGGUUCAACUGGUGAGAGUAGGAAAGCACGGAACUUGGGGAAAAUCCAUUGUUGACUUUGUUACACAACUUGUAUAUACUGGUAUUAUGGAUUUUAGUGGUAUGUGUAGUUACGACUAUGUGUGGGUUGUACUUUGCCCUCAGUGUAGUGCUUAUUUGUACAGUGGUACUGGCAGGUCAUUUCUGAAAUAAUUCUACCAUUGAAAAUAUGACGACCAUGGUAAGGUAUAUGUUACAAAACCAAGUUGGUAAUUUUGAUGGACAUCGUUACAUAUAUUUUGGUGGUCGUUUCACAAAAGGAGGAAGAAAACCUUAUUUACUUCUUAUGAAGUUUGGAAUUUGAGUUAUGUUGUUGAAAUAUGCAUGCACAGCCUUCUUCAAUUGCCUUCAAGGUCAGUCUUCUGGGCGAUGGUUUUCUAAAGGUGAUGAGACAAUGUGUUUGUGUGUGGUGACAGCUGGUACUUAGCUUGUACAUAACAUCAUCACUCUGUAAGCCUACUCACAUCAAACCUGGUCAUGUGAUAGGGUGGAUAUGAAUGAUAAUAAAAGCUAUGAGAUAA